AUACAACAAGCCACCAUGGCCUUCUCCUUUGGCUUCGCCGCAGAUGACGACGACGAUGCCGAGCAACGGCACAAUAAUCUGCCCGCGACCUCUGCUGCCGCGGUCCAAGGCGGACAGACUCAAUUGCCGCAGGAGCUUUCACUGCAACAACUGCUCACCACACUCCCUGAGCGCAUCAGUUACAGUACCGUCAAGAUAGAAUCUCCAACUGGCCGCACGAUCCAUUUGCCCCGACGCGAGCUGUACGAUGUCCGCGUGCAGCUCCUCGGCGAAGAAAGCGCGGAGAACGACCAGAUCAUAGACCAACUGGAGCAGUCUGACCUCCGCUCCGGCUUCUACGAAGGCGGCUUCAAGACGUGGGAAUGCUCGCUCGAUCUCGCAAGUCUGCUUCUUGAUCGAGGUCCGCGGAAGGACAUCGAUGAGCUUGUCCGGUGCGAUCAGAUUGUCGAGCUCGGUGCUGGCACCGCGAUUCCUAGCUUGGUACUAUUCCGACAUGCACUACUCAACGCACUCUCCCUCACUUUUGUGUUACAAGACUACAACGACGCUGUUCUCCGACUCGUGACACUCCCGAAUCUACUCCUGACCUGGGCAGCGAACACGGAAAACGGUAAUUUUCCCACCCCGAGUCUCGAUGAAUCCUCACACGGCGACCUCGAAAUCUCCGAAUCUCUGCUACAGCGCUUCGCAGCCGACAUGAAGAGCAGAAGCAUCAACCUCAUCUUCCUCUCUGGCUCCUGGUGUCCCCAGCUAGCCGCGCUGAUUCCCCCCUCAGCGCCCGAGCUAGGCAUGGUCGUGCUAGCCGCCGAAACCAUCUACAGCCCCGAAUCCACGCGAGCCUUUGUCGAGUUGCUGGUGCAACUGCUGCAGCGCGUGAAAAUGGGCAAAGCCAUGAUUGGCGCCAAGCGAGUUUACUUCGGCGUCGGCGGAAGUAUCGACGGGCUGAAAGAAGCCUGUCGAGAGCGAGGCGCGGUGGCUUAUGAAAUCGAGAAUCACGGCGUGCCUGGGAUGGAUGGGGGAGUUCGGAGGGCGCUGGUGGAGGUGCAGAUGUACUGAAUACUGCAUUUGUCCAGGGUCAAUCAUGUACUAGAGCUUACAUACAUCAUGAAUCAUGACCUGAGCAAGAAAAG